UAUCAAGAGGGACUGUGUUGCCGGCAAGUGGGGCCCUCCAGCGUGUAGCGACUUGUGUGACAUGUGCUACAAUGGAGGAGUAUGUGAUGACAAGGCGGGAAAGUGUAUUUGUCCACCAGGAUUCAAAGGACCAAACUGUGUUACAGCCUGUCCAGCUUAUUCAUUUGGCUGGGAUUGUGAAUUCAGAUGCGGGGGAAGUAAUCUCUUCGGCAGCUCUUGUAACUACGUUCAGUUCAGUUUACCAGAUCCGUAUGGUAUCAGCUGCAUCAGCGGUCGUUAUGGCCGGACCUGUUCAUCUGGUUGUCCUGCCGGAAAAUUUGGUGCUGACUGUCUCCAAGAAUGUCACUGUAAAUUCACUGAUAACGGAUGUAACUCGUUUACGGGAAAAUGCAACUUUGGUGGCUGCGCAGACGGUUGGUCAGGAACUAACUGCCAAAUCCCGAAUGUAUGCCCCCUUGGUUAUUACGGACUCAACUGCGUCACCUUGUGCCAUUGCAACGGCAAGGCAGCCUGUGACAAGCACACUGGGUACUGCAGUGGAGGAUGUGCCCCAGGAUACACCUGCGUGUCACGGCAGUGCGAGUCUGGUUACUUCGGUGAGGACUGUAAUCAGGCAUGUCUCUGUAGGGAUGACACGCCGUGUGAUGCUAUCACAGGGUCCUGCCAAAGCGGCUUGUGCCUCGAACAGUAUCAGUCAGAUGGAACCGGAAUAUGCCAGUUUCGUUUACCAGUGCUGAGCCAACCCCCCAAUGUAAAGGCUGAUAUUAAAUCGGCCACUGUCAGCUGGGAGGCAUGGGGCUCUCACCCCUUGGAUGCUGGAGACGGACCAGUUAUUGAGUACACGAUCUACUACGCCAACCACUCCACUGGUUCCUGGGUGCGUGUCAUCACGGUGCAAGCGAAGUACCAGCCACCAGAGGGUUUCAGUUUUCUGAUUGAUCCAUUACAACAGUUGACGGUGUAUAACUUCAGUGUGGCUGCGGUGCGUGAGGGAGACGGAGGGGAAGGACCCAGGAGCCCUGAAACGACAAUCAGGACAGAACCUCAAGCAAUGACUACAGGAUCCAACGUUGGCCUAACUAUCGCCGUCUGCUUACUCAUUGCGGUUAUUGCGAUCGUGGUGGUCGUGGAUUAUCUGCGAUUUCGAAGGCUCAGUAGGAAAUCGAGGUUCACGCGUCGGUCUACAGCGAGUGCAGUAAACAUGGACAGCCUGGCAGCUAUCGGGAGAGACUCCGUAAACACGGAGGGCUAUGAAGACGUUUGGAAUGACGCCCCUGCCAACUCUGCAGCCAAUUACGAUGAUGUGAAACUCCUCUGGACCAAGUCCUUGACUGUACCCAUUGAUCAGCUGUCGUUGGGUACCCAAGUGAUCGGCACUGGUCACUUUGGAGAGGUGCGUUUGGCUACUGUACUCUUGAGUGAUGGUCACUUCAAAGUGGCCGUAAAGCAAGUCCGACUAAAUCCACCGGCUAAUGAGAAAGAGAGAUUCAUCCGGGGACACCAAACUCUGACAGAUAUUGGGUCACACCCAAACAUUGUCAGCAUGCUCGCUGUGGCUUUCCAAGAAGGUGUCUUGUACGUGGCCCUGGAAUACUUGUCAAAUGGUGACCUUCGUACCUACCUGAGAGAAGCAAGACCCGAGGGGGGAGUGGGUCAGUCGUCCCUAUCCGAUACCAAACUGCUGCAGUUUGCUGUUGACGUGGCCAAAGGGAUGCAGCACGUGGCUGCUUCUGGGGUGAUCCAUCGUAAGGUGGCAGCGGCAAGCAUUCUUCUGGAUGACAACAUGGUUGCUAAGAUAUCAGGAUUUGGACUAGCAAGAUGCGCAGAGGUCAUCGUCGAGAAACCAAAGAUGGUUUCUCCUCCCCCUCGCUGGAUGUCCUUGGAAUCCUUGAAAACAAAUACCUACACUGCCAAGAGCGAUGUUUGGUCUUUCGGGAUUCUUCUGUGGGAAGUCGCUACCAUGGGCGAAGAACCGUACGCUGGCAUCAAAUCUACCAGCCUGGGAACAAGGCUUGAAAAUGGAUACCGCCUACACAAACCACCCGGUUGCGGCAACAAAAUCUACGAACUGAUGCAGCAAUGCUGGCAGGAGAACCCGAAAGAUCGUCCUCCGUUCAAGAAAGUGGCCUCGGUCCUGGAGCGGAUGACCAAGGGCCACAUACAGCAGAGAUACAUACAGGUGCCAUCGAAGAAAGAGGCACAGCAUUACUCAAACAUACGCCCAUACCAGGACGAGUAGACUGGAAUCACAAGAAGAAAUUUGAAGAUGGAAGUUACAAAUCAUCAGCGAAUGAUACAUAAUUAAAAAAAGCUUAUGAACGGUAAUCACUGUAACUAGCCUUUAAUUGUCUGAGAGAAGUACAUUCCAGUGACAAGUAUGUUGCGUAUACACAGAAAGUGACGUCACCUGUAAACAGAAAUGAAAUGCUUAGACAAAAUUGACAAUAUUACAGGUGAUAAUGAUGGCGUUGAGUAGUUUAUAGCUCUGCUUAUAGUUUGCUAAUGCACCAUUUUAUAUCCGUUUUUCAUAAGAACAGUGAAAUGAUCUUGUUAUAGUUUUCAUCGAUCUUAACUUGUUUUUGCAUGUGAUGUAUUAAGAUAAUGGUAUACCUCAGCAUUGUCAAACAUACUCAGAUUUGAAUAUUUAUGCAUGAGUUUUCCUUGAAACAGUUUAUUGGACAGCAUGCUGUUGUAAAAAAAGGUUUACAAGUUUGUGACAAAUUCUUCAGUUCAUGUUGCUCAAAAUGCCACAGUUAGGUUUUAAACAUUGAGUAAUUCUUUUCUAAACAAGAUUGAGCAAUCGGUACUUUUGAACUAAGUCAGCAAUAUUACCGUUGUCUAGAACCCUGUCAUUGUUGGAAGAAUUUGUAUAUAAUCCUUCUUUAUGCAAAACCAGGAAAAUCCAAGUCAGUUUAUUGGCGGGUUGCUUGUCACGUGUCAAUGAAUCAUUCGUCCCAGGCAAGGUGCAGUCGCACCGAAACAUAUGCUGUGUUUGUUUCAUAUGGAUCGCGAUCAGGACAGUGAUCUGUCAGGUAGGUGAGAAAAUAUUUCCUAACUUGAGGGAUCUUGGGAGGGGGCUACAACUUGGAACAUGCUAUGUCCAAUCCCCCAAAGGGAUCCAAUGUUUACUUUUUACAUGGAACGAAAGGGAACCUGGCAGUGCUAUUUGGUUCCUUUCCAAUAAGGCCAGCUUAUAAAAAAAGGAGAAAGACCACCAAAGAUAUGAAAAAAUCCCUCUCGUAAAAAUUGCUUCUCCCAAAGACUGGUCCUGUAUCUUCCCUUGCUUCUUUGCCAAAUGAAACAGAAAAAUAAAAAUUAUAUCAUGACACACCAAAGUCAUUUCAGAGUCUCAGCUAAGGAUACUUUAAAUUCGCACUGCCUGGCUUAUUCAUAACCUGUGUUCCCAGAUUUGGGGUAGAAGUUACUGCACUUGUGAGUAUGAAUGAUCUGUUAAUAGGAGUAGCUUGAUCUCUUGCCGUUACAAAGCCCAAAGUUAUUUUUAACUACUUCUUGCUAUGAAAUCAAAAGAAUCCUCAGAAGUGCCCUAGGUACUGUGCUAUGUGACAUUCGAGCCUAAAGAAACCAAUACAUGGGAGAAAAUGAAGAAAUGUUCAGGUUUGUGGUAAGAGGAAAACACCAUUGCGCACAAAAUGCCACUGUUAGGGCGUGAUCACUGACGGUCAAAAUGCCUUUGGUAUUUACAGAAACAGUAUGAUAGUUGGCUUAUACUGUAUUACGUUAUAGUUUCAUACCUUGUAAUUAUAAUACAAAGUAGUUAAAGUUAAAUGUGUAUUUACUUUUAGUAGUAAGUAACCAAACGCGACAGUGCCAGGUAUUACCCUAUUGCACUUUAAGGCACCACCCACUCAAGGUGCGUGAGGUUGAUUUAGAUUUGACUCAUCAAUGCUGCCUGAUUUAAAGACUUUUAAAAGAAUCCUGCACGAUGUACAUCAACGAAUAUAUUCAACAGAAGCUUUUCAACAUUUGCAAUGCAUCGUGGGAUUGGGUGACAGCCUAGUAAUGCAUUUUCUGCUCAGUCUUAUGGGGAAGUAGGCCUAAAUUAGGAACAGGCUGAUGGAUCUUUCCACAUCGUGCUUGGUUGGUGAUAUCGAGUGAAGUUAAUCUUAUGAACAUCUGCUUCUGUGUCACGUGCAGACCAUGACGGUCAUUUUUUUUAGGCUGAUGAUCGACCGUUUCCGAAAGACGAUGAAGCGUUACAGUAAAAAAGCACACUCUCUGUAAAAAGAUAAGCCGUUAAACCAUCGCGUGUUAUAUAUUGGGAUUACACAAACCGUAGACAUUUUUCCUUCGUCUGUCGGGGAAGGCAACACAAUGCCUUGUUUUCUUUAGAACUUGUCGUACCUGUUCAUCAAGUCACAGAUAGAUGCAAGCAACAAAUAAAAAAUCAAAAUAAAAAACAAAGGUUAAUAGCUAAUACAAAGAAAUGUUUGUCCU